GUCGGCGCGACGUGUUUAAAGGCGCAGGACCGCCCGAGCCUGCGGCUGAGAGACCAGAGCGAGCGUCUGAGGAGCGCGAGGACUCGCGGGGUUUGGCCGAGGGCAGAGCUGUGACGCUGCGCAUGCUGGGGUAACUGGCUACUGCGAUCUUCCGAGUCUCGUAACGACCGAAACAGAGCAAGCAUGUCAAAGGGUCCAGCAGUGGGCAUUGACCUGGGCACCACGUACUCCUGCGUGGGCAUCUUCCAGCAUGGCAAAGUGGAGAUCAUCGCCAACGACCAGGGGAACAGGACCACGCCCAGCUACGUUGCAUUCACUGACACCGAGAGGCUGAUUGGGGACGCUGCCAAGAACCAGGUGGCCAUGAACCCCACCAACACCGUGUUUGAUGCCAAGCGUCUGAUUGGCCGACGCUUUGACGACCCGGUGGUGCAGUCUGACAUGAAGCACUGGCCCUUCACGGUGGUAAACGAAGGCGGGAAGCCCAAGAUGGAGGUGGAGUACAAGGGCGAGAGGAAGACCUUCUACCCUGAAGAGGUGUCCUCCAUGGUGCUCACGAAGAUGAAGGAGAUCUCAGAGGCCUACCUGGGCAAAUCAGUGACAAAUGCUGUCAUCACAGUACCUGCCUACUUCAAUGACUCUCAACGGCAGGCUACCAAGGAUGCUGGAACCAUCUCUGGGCUGAAUGUCCUUCGCAUCAUCAAUGAGCCAACCGCUGCAGCCAUCGCAUACGGUCUGGAUAAAAAGGUUGGUGGGGAGCGCAACGUCUUAAUUUUUGACCUGGGUGGGGGCACCUUCGAUGUGUCCAUCCUGACUAUCGAGGAUGGAAUCUUCGAGGUCAAGUCCACUGCUGGUGACACUCAUCUUGGCGGGGAGGACUUUGACAACCGUAUGGUCAACCACUUCAUCGGGGAGUUCAAGCGCAAGUUCAAGAAGGACAUCACUAGCAACAAGCGGGCCGUACGUCGUCUACGGACAGCCUGCGAAAGGGCCAAGAGAACGCUGUCCUCCAGCACCCAGGCCAGCAUCGAGAUCGACUCCCUGUACGAGGGUGCGGACUUCUACACCUCCAUCACCAGGGCGCGCUUCGAGGAGCUGAACGCCGACCUCUUCCGCGGUACCCUGGAGCCCGUGGAGAAGGCCCUGAGGGAUGCCAAGCUGGACAAGGCCCAGGUCCACGACAUCGUCCUGGUGGGCGGCUCCACCCGAAUCCCCAAGAUCCAAAAGCUGCUGCAGGACUUCUUCAACGGCCGUGACCUCAACAAGAGCAUCAACCCUGAUGAGGCUGUGGCUUAUGGUGCUGCUGUGCAGGCCGCAAUCCUGGCAGGUGACAAAUCAGAAAAUGUGCAAGACCUGCUACUGCUGGACGUUACCCCCCUGUCUCUGGGCAUUGAAACGGCAGGAGGGGUCAUGACUGUUCUCAUCAAGAGGAACACCACCAUCCCCACCAAGCAGACCCAGACUUUCACCACCUAUUCCGACAACCAGCCUGGUGUUCUCAUCCAGGUAUUUGAGGGUGAGAGAGCAAUGACCAAAGACAACAACCUCCUGGGCAAGUUUGAGCUGACGGGCAUCCCGCCCGCUCCCCGUGGUGUCCCCCAGAUCGAGGUGACCUUUGACAUUGACGCCAAUGGCAUCCUCAACGUUUCAGCCGUCGACAAGAGCACCGGCAAGGAGAACAAGAUCACCAUCACCAAUGACAAAGGUCGUUUGUCUAAAGAGGACAUCGAGCGCAUGGUACAGGAAGCGGACCAGUAUCGGGCUGAGGACGAACUUCAAAAGGAGAAAGUCACUGCCAAGAAUGCACUGGAGUCACUGGCCUUCAACAUGAAGAGCACUGUAGACGAUGAGAAGCUCAAGGACAAGAUCAGCGCUGAAGACAAGAAGACAAUCAUUGACAAGUGCAAUGAGGUCAUUUCCUGGCUGGACAGGAACCAGACAGCAGAAAAAGAUGAGUAUGAACACCAGCAGAAAGAGCUGGAGAAAGUUUGCAAUCCCAUAAUCGCCAAGCUGUACCAGGGUGCCGGUGGAAUGCCAGGCGGAAUGCCAGGGGGAAUGCCAGGCGGAAUGCCAGGCGGAAUGCCAGGAGGGGCUGGGAGUGCCUCCUCUGGCCCAACCAUCGAGGAGGUGGAUUAAUCUGGCCAUCAGCAAGGAGAUUAAUUACAUUCAACCAUCUCCAAUUCCAUCUUUUCAGAGUUUAUUGGUCUCCUUAUUCAGUUAUUCCUGAACUAUUUCCCAUAUUGGACACUCAGCCCACUCACAUGACAAAAAAGCACCUCAUACAGCCAGUGAAAUUCCAUAAUCUCCAAAUAGUAACUGUGAUAAAUGAACAUAUAGUACACACAGCAUUGACACAAAAUACUAGACACUAGCAAUUAACAGCAUACAACAAACUGAUGCAUAAACUUUUUUAGCCAUUCAUGUGUUAAGUUAUGGCUUGACAUCGCUUCCUGUCUUCUAAGCUUACACUUACCGUGAGAGAAUUUUGUCUCAUUGUCACAAACCAUUUAGAAAUACAAGUGACCUUCAUUUGAAUAAUCAGGGAUUUCUCACUGUUUAUGAUCAUAAAUGUUUUCAAGCAUGUGCCAACAGUGUUCAGAACAGAGUAUUUGUCUCAUUUUCACCCUGUGCUAUUAAAGUUUUUUGCCUCUGUGCUAAAUUAAAAUUUCCACCUCAUACCAUUGUAUGGUUGUAUGCAGAACAAUAAAUACAGAAGGAUUUGGAUCUGCUCAAA